AUGCCUUCCUUGCCCGAGGGAAAGCCAGAGGUUUUGGCAAAGAUCGAUGAGCGAGUGUCGUUUAAAAAAGAUGAGGAGAAAUGGAUUUUUGAAGAUGGCGAUGAAGAGUUCGAAUACGACGAUGAUCUUCAACGAUGGGUCCCUGAGAAAAGAAAAAUUGAAAAUGAUGAAAGGGAGCUGAAAGAAGAAUUGAAAAAGGAAAAGAAGCGUAAAAUAGAGGAGUUGAAGGAGCAAGAACGGAAUAAACCCAAAAGCCCACCGCAGACUGGAGUCUACAUCACAAACUUACCAUCUGAUACCACGUUAGAGGAGAUUGAGGAUGCAUUUGGGAAACUUGGUACUAUCGGGGAAAAUUUGAUAACUGGUGAAAAGAAAAUCAAAUUGUAUCGAAACGAAGAGAAUCAGUUCAAGGGAGACGCAUUGGUGGUAUACCUAAAGCCUGAAAGUGUCGAUCUUGCCAUUGAGAUGCUAGAUGGCAUCCAAUGGAGACCUUUAAGCAAGGAAACCAUACAUGUAGAAAAGGCCGAUUUUUCCCACAAGGAAUCGGACAGUAAAGCUCACAAUAAGGACUUGACGGAGGAACAGAAGCAAGUAAUUAAGAAGAGGCUCCAGAGACUCAAAAGUCGCAGUGACGAUUGGAAAGACGAUAUCCAAGUAGAAUAUGAGCGACGACAAGCAGAAGAACGAUUCAAGCAUUUCGUCGUUUUAAAAAAUGUAUUCGACUUGAAGACAAGUGAGGAUGAUCUAUUCGAGAUCAAGCAAGACAUCAGAGAAGGUUGUGAAGAAAUUGGAUCCGUAACGAACGUAGUCCUUUACGAUUUAGAGCCAGAGGGAAUAGUAUCAGUUCGGUUUUCGUCAAAAGACGAUGCUGCACGAUGCGCUCAAGAGAUGAACGGCAGGUACUUUGAUGGGAAAAAACUUGAAGCGUUCAUCUACGAUGGAAAAUCAAAAUAUCGUAGAAAGGAAGUCAGCAAAGAAGACCAAUCUGACAGGUUCGGGACCUGGUUGGAAGGUUAG